GCCAGGGCGAGCUGCACUGUGUACCAGGUUGAUUUAUUUACAGUGAGGGAAAGGGAAGCUAAAUGUUUGGCCACGAGAUUGAGGGGUCAGUAUAAUUCCCUUCCUGUUGUGCUUCAGAGUUAUAGCAGUGAGGGUGUUUUUACAAGGAGGUCAUUGUUGAUACUGGUGAUGGUGCUCAGAGCUACCUGUUCCAUUAGGGCGAGCGGUGGCUUAUGGGAUCAGGGAUGUGAUGCAGCAGCAGCAUGUGUGUGUGUGUGUGGCUCUGUAAUUGAAUGAGAACAGCUAAAUGGCCGUGUCUUCAGUUAGCAAGUCUACUUUUCUGUCAAUCAUUAACAUCAUUCCAGUCCAGGCUAAUCUUAGUCUGCCCUCACAGCACAGUCACACACAGCUCAGACACAAAUAACACAAACAGGCUUUUUUACAGAGGUGGGGGCAUGCUGAUUCUAUUAAUACAGCACCGCACCCAGAGAGGCAAAUUUAGGACGAUGUCUUAUUUGUCACUCCCCAAGACUGAGUUAACUUUAUAAGUUUAGUUUUCUUCUGACGCUGUGUGCCGUCGUUUUUUUAUUAAAACUGUCCAGAGAGGCUGUGUUUUUUGUCACCUGUUAAGCUUCUUUUUCUACAAGCCAAGUUUAAGAUUCACUCCAGCUGUGUGUGCUCCUCUGGGACUUAAAGCACCAGAGAGAGGGUGUGUGUGUUUUCUACUCUUACUGACUGAAGCACUGAUGUUCAGCACUCUCUAGUGAGCCAGGAGUUUGUGUAACAGAUAAAACAUGGAGUGUAUUUUACAUUCGAGAUGACAUUUGCUUCCCUAAGUGAGGUAGAACAACACACGUGACCUGUGAUGCUCGUGAAAUCCUGCCGGAUUGAUUACACACCGUAGCAGCUGGUGCAGGUUAAUGAUUUUCUUCUUAAAAGGAACAUUCGGCAAAGCGAGAAACGGUUGGAGAGCGCGCUGAGAUGUUUAACUCCAUGUGGCCGUCUUUUACUCUUAACAGCCUCAUCUGGACGGUGACACAUGAGGAAACUUUUGAGGAAGAGAAAUUUAAAGCUGCACUGAGUGUUGGGGUGGGGCAGAUUUGCAUAACAGUGUUAUGGCAUAAUACGCUUCUGAUGCCGUUACUGUAAGUUCAUACUGAAAGUAGCGGUGGUGCCGUUCAGCUAAAUUCAACGCAGUGUGUCAUUAUGGCAACUGAGGCAGGGUUACUUAAAGCAGUGUGUGUCGGUGAGCAGCAGCGGCAAAGAUGACGGAGUACAAGCUGGUGGUAGUGGGAGCUGGAGGCGUGGGCAAGAGUGCACUCACCAUCCAGCUCAUCCAGAACCACUUUGUGGACGAAUAUGACCCCACUAUAGAGGACUCCUACAGGAAGCAAGUGGUUAUCGACGGAGAGACCUGCCUGCUGGACAUCCUGGACACUGCAGGUCAAGAGGAGUACAGCGCCAUGAGGGAUCAGUACAUGAGGACAGGGGAGGGCUUUUUGUGUGUCUUCGCCAUCAACAACACCAAGUCUUUUGAGGACAUUCACCAGUACAGAGAACAGAUAAAACGUGUGAAGGACUCGGAUGAUGUUCCCAUGGUGCUUGUGGGGAACAAAUGUGACCUCCCAGCGCGCACGGUGGACACAAGGCAAGCCCAGGAACUAGCUCGCUCCUAUGGAAUCCCUUACAUUGAAACCUCUGCCAAAACACGACAGGGAGUAGAGGACGCCUUCUACACACUGGUUAGGGAGAUCAGACAGCAUAAGCUGAGGAAGCUGAAUCCACCCGAUGACAGCGGUCAGGACUGUAUGAGCUGUCGCUGUGUGGUAUCGUGAUGCAGCUCACCAGUACACGUUGAGGAGAAAUGAAACAGCACGAAGUGGCAGCAUGGACUUGAAGACAGAAAGAAUAAACAACUCAAUGAUGAAAUAUAAACUUUUUCAAAAAGAAGAUGAUUGAAGCAAAAUCUCUCAAGGAAACCACCGGGGCUGAUUGAACCAUAGACUUUUAUGGAAUGGAGGAUUUUGGACUGUUGCCUGAGUGGCUAGCUGAACUAGCCUGGUCCGGUCCCUUCUUUUUUGUUGGUCCACAUUGACCUGUGAGCAACACCACUAAUGACUCUUUGUCAACUCCAGUGUGGUCUCACUGGGUAGCUCCACAAUAUUCCUGCUAACUUAUUGUUUUCAGUCUCAACACUGGUCGUAAAGGGGGUGUCUGUCACUUCCUCCCACCUUGAAAGCCUAAUUCCACUCCCCCUGCCUACCCGCUGGAAGGACUGACUGAUUUUAAAUGGAAAGGACUGGAAUGGACACCCUUCACAUAAAUAACCCGCCUUCCCCCUUCACUCUACCUGCCUUUGAGUCCCUUUGAAUGGCUAUGUAGUACCUUGGUUAUACUGGAUGCAGGGGGUGGAGGCUGACAUGGGAAAGACUGUAAUAUUUUUUUGUUGUUUAACAAAUUAGCCUAGCUGUAAAAAAAAGUUUUGAUUUUGUUUUUUAAUAUGAAACAUUUUUUGUGAUUGGAAGAUUUGAAAGUCACUGAGCACUAAAAGUGAACAAGGGUGCUGCUUUCAGACGGCACCUGGUUUGACAUUUUUAUUGACCUGCCUGAGGUAGUUCCUUUUUUUUUGGAGUAGGUAUCUUGAAUGGAGAAUAUAUAGAUAGAUGGGUUUCCAGAAUGCAGCUGCCUUCUCUCUUUACAUAUGUUUCAUUGCGAGUUGUCUUUGUGGAAUAAUAAUAGUAAUGGCUAGUGUACGUAGAUUCUGGUGCAAUAGAAUUCUUUACUUUCCAAAUUACACAAAGUAUUGGGAAUAAACCAUCUUCCACGACUACCUAUUUUUCUGUUUUGCUUUGGUUUAAGAAGGAGAGGUACAGUGCAUGAAGAUGUAGAUGUUGUCAUCUUUGCAGUAAGCAAGAAGAGGUCACCUGUAGAACGGGACGAACACAACCACACUUGUACAGUUGCGCAGUGACGGAUUGACAGAACGACGGCCAGUUGAUUUUUUUCCUCGCGUUUCUUUUCAGUGACUGUAUGGUGUACAACUGUUGUUUACUACAUGGUGAUUUUUUUUAGAUUGCUAGAAUCGCUCCUCGUGGACAGUAAGGCUCAGGAAUCGGGGUCCAGGAAGGUCUCAUCUAACAGUCCUGGAAACCAGGGUAAGGGAUGUCGCGAGCUAGCUUUGCAAGAGUGUAACGCACAAGUCCUGCCUCAGAGUUGAACUUCAGUUUCUCCACACACCAUACUAUCCUCAAACCGCUCCUCUUCCUCUGCCACCCUCUCAGCUCUUUCAGAUGAACAAUAACAAGUCAGGUGCUAGUCAUGUCAGAACCAUAGUUACUGUAAAAUGUGGGACUCUUGUGUGUAACAGGUGACGGAUAGCGAGUUAUGGGAGUGCUUUGCUUGGUUUCUUAACACGGACGGGCUUGUGCUCUCCAUAACUGUAUUAAUUUGCUGCCUAAAUAAAAGACUGAUUUGAGUUUACUUCGCCUUAUCUGUCAACUAGUUUGUACCUCAUUUACGCAGCAAAGGUCUACUCGAUACGAUUACCUAUUCUGUUUGCUGUACUGUUUGUUUAUGUUUGAAUAUGUGUGCAACAAAAAAGAAAAGAAAUAUACAAGUGUGUUGACUUUAGAUAUGCGCUGUACAGAGUUUAAAGUCCCUACAGACACGAUUUUGACUUUUCCUGUGACAGCAUGUGCGUCUGAAUAGGAUCAGUUUAACGUCACUGGAGAAACAAGAAAAAAUAGAAAAGUCCAGUAUAAGCCAAGUUUUAAAAAACAUGAUGUUUCAGGCUGAUUGCAUUGGAAUAUGUCGCAUUAGUCGCUCAGCGUUGUUGCAUUUAGGGCAAGUUAUCCAGAGAUUGUACUCGCUCAUUGAUUCGGCUGGUGACGCAUUUAGUUCUAGACACUACAGGCAGGUUUUGGUGACACGCUUCAAACCUCAGACGUCUCUCUCGGUGAAAUGUUGUCUCCUUUCAACCGUUUUAUUUCUGAUUUUGUACAGACUCUUUCUUUCCUCACUCAUGCCAUAGCCUACAGAAACAUGACCAGUCUGUGUGGAUGAUGGUGGUGGAGUUGUUUAUCAGUUACCUGUUUAUUUCCCCGCUCGGAGGAAUAAUAUGAACUGUGAAUGUGUUUGAGUCCUUAGAUAUUGUUUGAAAGAAUCCUUGUGUUUUAAAAAAAAAAAAAGGUUUUAUUAUUGAAAUAAUUCAGGGGAUGAUCCUUGGCUCCGCUUUUGGCUGUGUUUUUAUCCCCCCCCCACUUUUUAUUUUUCACCCAUUGUACUCAAACAUUUUAAUGAGGAAAAACAAAAAAAGCAAAAGGAGUUUGUAACAUGUAAUUACAGUCCCGAUGGUAUGCUUGUCCUCUCCCUGUCGAUCUUCAAACAGUACCAACCAUGAUAAUAAUACCAUAGAAUUCCUCUGAUCUAUGCAUUCGAAUUCCCACCGCAUUAGAAUAUCAGCAUCAUGUUGUCGCAAUACUCAGCCAGCAAAACCACCAGUAUACGUGUCAGAAAACCUGGCGAGCAUGACAAAGACUGUAAGGGACCAUUGGGGGUUUUGCACAAGGAUACAGUGGGCACAAGGGCUCGUUUCUCCCCUUGCAAACUGUGGGAUGGAGGUGUGGAAGGAAUUUUGUGAAAAUGUCAACUGUUUAGCUAUUUAAGAUGUAUUUACUCUUUGAAAAAUGUGGCAAAUGUAUUGCAGGACAGGAAUAAAGAUGUCAAGAUGAA